AUGGCUCAGCGCUCCGUUCAUCCUGUCGUCCCCAUCACGCUGCUGGUGUUUGGACUUGUUGCGAUCCUGCUCCUCACCGUCCCCACCGAGGACGUCAAAGAGGCGCCUGGGUUCAUGUAUGGGAUUGUCCUGGAUGCUGGAUCUUCACACACAGCUUUGUAUAUAUACAAGUGGCUGGCAGACAAGCAAAAUGGCACAGGUGUGGUCACCCAACACAGGGAAUGUCAUGCACAGGGCGGUGGGAUCUCCAGCUAUGCAGGCCAACAUGGAGCUGCAGGGAAGAGCUUAGAAGCAUGUCUGGACCAGGCAGUGAGUGACAUCCCCAAAGAAAGACAUCAUGUCACACCUGUGUACCUGGGAGCCACAGCUGGCAUGAGGCUUCUGCAUAUGUCCAAUCCAGAGCAGUCUGCUCAUAUUCUUCAGGAAGUGGGCAGUAAAAUCCAGUCCUACCCUUUCAACUACCAGGAUGCGACCAUACUGAGUGGUCAAGAGGAGGGGGCUUAUGGCUGGGUCACUGUCAACUAUCUCUUAGAGAACUUUAUCAAGUAUGAUUUUGUGGGGCGCUGGCUCAGCCCCGGCAGACCCACAGUGGGAGCGCUUGAUUUCGGCGGGGCGUCCACCCAAAUAACCUUUGCAACCCAGGAGGAAGUAGAGGACGAGAAGGACAUGAUAAAACUGCGUCUGUAUGGCCAAGAGUACUCUCUGUACACACACAGCUUCCUAUGCUACGGGCAAGACCAAGCCCUCAAGAGACUGCUGGCCCAUAUAGUGAAGUCUCAGGGUUAUUCGGAGUCAGUCACUCACCCCUGCUAUCCUGUAGGCCACAACAGAACUUUAAAGAUGGACAGUAUAUUCAACUCUCCGUGUACAGAAAAAUACAAACCCAGCCCCUACAACCCCCAGGCCUCUUUGACAGUACAAGGAAGCGGACAUUAUGAACACUGUGUGGGCAAUGUGUCCGAGAUCUUCUCUUUCAAUAGCUGCCCCUACUCCCAAUGCUCUUUUGAUGAGGUCUUCCAGCCAAAUGUCACCGGUAGCUUCAUGGCAUUUUCUGCGUUCUUCUACAUUCACUCCUUCCUGCAGCGUAUCACCGGCAUCACUGUGAGCACUCCCUCACAAAUGGAGGAGGCAGCCAAAGCACUGUGCAGUACGAGUUUCUAUCAAAUGCUGAUUCUUGCUCCAGAGCAAAAGUCUCGUUUGCAGAACUACUGUGCUUCCUCUGUGUUUGUUAAGAUUCUCAUGGUGAGAGGAUACAGCUUCGAUGAGACGUCGUUCCCACGUAUUUCCUUCCGGAAAAAGGCAGGGGAUGCCUCGGUGGGUUGGGCUCUGGGCUAUAUGUUGAGUUUGAGCAACUUGCUGCCGGCAGAGAGAGUGGGGCUGAGGAAGGCCCUGACCCCAGGAGCAUGGGGAACGCUUAUCUUCCUCUUUGUCCUCCUCCUCGCCGCAGUCCUGGUCUCUUUUUUACUCCGAGUUCGUGAUGUGAGGAAGAAGGGAGUCAGUGAAAAUACCAUUUAG